GGGACCUAGCGCCGUCCCUAGGGUUUAGUUUGGUAGCGUAAGGUUUUUACGCAAAUCGUUUCACGGCACGAUCACUGCAGGCUUCUUGGAUUGUGAUAGUUCAUUAUUGACUUCACAAAUGAGUUUGAACUAGACGUAUUGGAGACACUGUAGUGCUCAAAUCAUCUCUCACGUUUUCUUUUUUGAGGUAAUACCGUUUUUUUUUCUUUUGCAAACCUGCCCUCUGCGGCUGGACGUGAUGGAGGAGGGAUACAAGCAGGGAGAAAUUGAGGCGUUAGCAAAAGCAUAUGGACAGAUGGAGAUGGAGGAGGAAGACGAAGUCUUGAUCGUGGAACCUAUGGCACAAAACUCGUCUAGGUACAACCUGGCUCUGGCACAAUUACGUCGGAAAAACCCGUACGUUUUACUAACUUCCGGGAUAUUAUGGCAUCUUUCUGGAAACCCAAGAAAGGUGUUAACAUAACUGAAAUCGGUCCUAAAAGAUAUAUGUUUCAAUUUUAUGGUGAGGAGGAUAUGAACAGGGUAGCAGAUGAAGGAUCGUGGAUAUUUGAUCAGAACCUAAUGGUUAUGAGUAGGCUCAAAGAAGGGGAUAUCCCUCUGUCUGUUCCUUUGAAUAGAGCUGAGUUAUGGAUCCAAGUUCAUGAUAUUUCAGUGGGAUAUUUUACUGUUGAUAAUGCAGAACGCAUAGGGAAUUUUUUGGGUACUUUCAUAAAAGUUGAUGAACACAACUUUUCUAAGAAAUGGGAAUCUUUUAUGAGAAUUCGUGUUCGGAUUGAUCUGGGGAAACCCAUGAAAAUGAAAUUAUUCCUGCAAAAGGAGGAAGGGGUAAAAUUCUGUAUCAAAUUCCGUUAUGAGAAACUGCCUAGUUUUUGCUUUCUGUGUGGAAUAGAAGGACAUGCUGAGAGUCAUUGCCCUCACAAGAGGAAGGGAUACGAGACAACCGGAGACAAACCGUUUGGCCCAUGGCUUCGAGCAACAAAGGGGGCAACGCAAUGGAAGAAAAAUAAAUGACUUGUACCAGCAGGCAAAAGAAACAACAUCAUUAACCAGGCUAUUAGCGGAAUUAGUGAGGAGGAUAAGAAAACAAGCACUUUGGAAGGCGGGUCUUCACGAAAGGUGAGAGGGAAGCUCGACCAGAAACGUAGACGUGUGGAGGACUCAGAAGGCCACCCGGCUAGGGAGGAAAUGGAGCUAGAACACCCUGCGGCAAAAAAACGGAGAAGAGGCGAGCUACAACAUGUGGUCAUGUGGAUUAAAUAAGGCAGGAGGCCAUGAGACUUUUUGUUAUUUUAGCAUUUGCUUCCUCUCGUUUGAGUACUGUGUUUUUGUUUUCAUUAUGAACAUUAGAGGUAGGUUGCAGGUUUAUUUUCUAUUUUUUACUCAGGAUAAUUUUGUGGGUGGAAGCGAUAAGGCUUGUAUGGCCGUUAAAAGCUUCGAAACUCUCACAUGGUUAGCGAAUAGUCUUGCUCUAAUCGGAGUGGUCUAUUCUAUGUCUAGUCAGAGAGUGGGAGAGCUGUUUGGCUAUGUGGAGCCUCAUAGGGAAGUUUGGCGUUGUAUGGUUGGAAGAACCUUGCUCAGUUUGAUUGCUAUAAUAUAAUUAGUUUCCUUUCAAAAAA